CGGCGGUCCCGGGGCGGCGGGAUGGCGCUGCCGCAGCAGUGCGAGGCCGUGUUCGGCACGGCGGACCUGUACGGCGCGCUGGGCGUGCGGCGAGAGGCGUCCCCGCAGGAGAUCCGCCGCGGGUACCGCCAAGCCUCGCUGCGCCUGCACCCCGACCGCGUCCCGGCCGAGCAGAAGGAGGAGGCCACGCGCCGCUUCCAGAUCUUGAGCAAGGUGUACGCGGUGCUGAGCGAUGCCAAACAACGUGCCCUGUACGACGAGACCGGCACGGUGGAUGAGGAUGCUGAGGUGCUGCAGGGAGACAGGGACUGGAUGGAGUACUGGCAGCUGCACUUCAAGGUCACCGUAAAAAAGAUCGAGGACUUCCAGAACAGCUACAAAAACUCAGAGGAAGAGCUGGAGGAUGUGAAGGCGGCGUACCUGAACUUCAAGGGUGACAUGAAUCGGAUCAUGGAGUCCGUGAUGUGCGCGGACUACACGGACGAGCCGAGAAUCCAGGCAAUGAUCGAGCGAGCCAUCGCCUCUGGGGAGCUCCCGUCCUACCAGGCCUUCGUGAGGGAGUCAAAGCAGAAAAAGAUGUCCAGAAGAAGGCGGGUAGGUUGUGUCAGUUGUUUACCACAACCUUUUUAUCUCCCUUGGCAGAAAUAA